AUGGUGCUCCUUCCCAGGCAUUCUCUUGGAGCGUGGGGCAGAGGAGCAUUCAGGAAUAUCAACACACUUAAAAGGGAACAUGAUCUACUCAGAAGAGAGAAUGGUGAACUCAGAAUAGAGAAUGGUGAACUUAGAACGGAAAAUGAAAAGCUGCGAAAGGAAAUUGAUGAUAGGAAAGCUCAGUUUGACAAUGGCUGGCAGAAUUCAUAUUUGUUCCCUGACUGGAGGAAAAAAUACUACCAAGCUGCAAGUGUGACUCUGAACCCAGAGACAGCCCAUCCUGCCCUCAAAUUGUCUGAAGAAAGACGACGAGUAACAAUGGGGGAGAAACCUCAAGAUCUUCCUAGGAACCAGCUGAGAUUUGAAUCCCUUCCCUGCGUGCUGGGGCAACAGUCCUUCAGCUCAGAGAGGCACUUCUGGGAGGUGAAAGUUGACAGCAGUACAGCCUGGGACCUGGGAAUAUGUCAGAGUAACGUGAUGAGAAAGGAGAGGACUUACAUAAAACCUGAGGACGGUUUCUGGGCCAUUAGGUUUUAUAAUGAUGAGUACUAUAAUGGCGAGGCACUCACCUCGCCAGAGACUCAACUAAAUCUAAAAGAGCCCCCUCGCACGGUUGGCAUUUUCUUAGACUACGAAAAUAGACAAGUCUCCUUCUACAACAUGACAGACAACAGCCACAUCUACACCUUUUCUCAAGGUGAUUUUUAUGGAUCCCUGAGACCUUUCUUCAGACUUUGGUCCAAAGAUUCGGGACAUCUGGACAUCUGUCCACUCCCUAAUGAGCCGGAAGUGGCACAACUUGAUGAUGACCCUAACUCUACUCUCAUUGCGGUUGUGCAUACAUAACAUCCCUAAAGUUUAGUGAGGGCUGAAACAUUGGUCAUGGCAUGGAUCUUCCUAUACUAGAGCAUAUUAUUUUACUCAGUCUUUCAACUGUUCUUCUAAUCAUUUAAUUUCCCUCAUAAAUUGUUAUCAAAUA